AUGACGUGCAGAUGGAAGCUUCUUAUACUGGAUAUUCAAGAAUGUUUGGAAAUCAAAGACAUCUGUGGACCUAACGCCAAAUGUAAGAAUGCAAUCCCCUAUUACUCGUGCACCUGUGAUGAUGGAUUCAUUUCUGCUACUGGGAAUAAAACCUUUCAUCAUGAUCAAAAUGCUACAUGUGAAGAUAUUAACGAAUGUCAAAAAGGAAAUCCCUGUGGUCAGAAUGGAUUGUGUAACAACACACAAGGCAGUUAUUACUGCAUCUGCAAUGCAGGGUUCACUAACUAUGGCAACAAAAUGGCACGGUGCACUGAAUUAAACUGUGAUGUUUUCAAAGCUCUAAACGGGCUGGAAGAGAAAUUUCCUAUUGUGAAGCAGCUCAAUAAAAGCUGUCAGGAGCUCACAGGGGACAAAAGUCAGAAUCCAUAUGAUUGGACAAACCAGACCAAAGAGGACUUAUUGAAGAGAAUGCAGUCAGAAAUAGAUAAGAUCUUGUCCAGUAAAGUUCUCAAAGACAGAGGAAGAGUCUCCACCUUUCUGGAUUUGGUGGAGAAUGUUCUGAGGCUAAUUGGAGCCAUGACGAAGAUGCCAGGGAGAAACACAACUUCUACUCACACAGAGCUGCAAAUGCUGGUACAUCAUGGGCCUGUUAUAUCCAAAAGAAACACAACUUUAUCAACUAAGCAUGCUAAGUUGGACAUCCACAUGGAAAUGGCGGCUGGAGAACCUGCCUAUUACCCUGGCUUUACAACAGUGUCCUUGAUGAGCUACUCAAACCUGGAAGACUCUACAGAUACCUUCUUUGAUGGGCUCAAACCACAAAAGAACCAGAGCUUUAAAAUAAACUCCAAAGUGGUGACUGUCACUGUUAGCAACAGAAAUACAAGCCACCUCAAAACGCCAGUCAAACUGACUUUGGACCACUUGAUACAGAAAAAUCAAACGCACAUCUGUGUGUUCUGGGAUUCCUCGGUGAACGGAGGAUCAUGGUCUGAUCGUGGCUGCGGUGUGGUGGAGUCAAACCUGGAAUAUACUGUGUGUUCCUGUAAUCACCUGAGCAGCUUUGCUGUACUGAUGGCCCUCUAUGAGAUGGAGAAUAAGUUCGAGUUGCAGCUGAUCACCUGGGUGGGCCUGUCCAUUUCACUGAUUUUCCUAUUCAUCUCCAUCCUGACGUUCUCAAUGAUCCGCUCCAUUAAAAGCACAAGAACCACCAUCCACCUGCAUCUCUGCAUCAGCCUCUUCUUUGCAAACCUUGUCUUUCUAGCGGGAAUCUCUCAGACAGCGAACAAGGCUGGCUGUGCAGUGGUAGCAGGAAUCUUGCAUUUCUGCUACCUGGCAGCGUUUUGCUGGAUGUGUCUGGAGGGCAUUCAGCUGUUCAGGAUGGUUGUCCUCGUCUUCAACACCAACUUUAAAACCCUCCACAUGAUGGCAGUUGGCUAUGGUGUUCCAGCUGUUAUCGUUACCAUCUCUGUCUUAGCUAAUUCUGGAGGAUAUGGCACUAAGAGAUAUUGUUGGCUAAAUCUGGAAAUCAUUUGGAGUUUCUUUGGCCCUGUCUGUGUCAUCAUCAUUAUAAACAUUUUCUUCUUUCUCAUAACUGUGUGGAAGUUAGCACAGAAGUUCUCAAGUUUGAACCCUGAUCUUGAUAAUCUGCACAAAAUAAAGGCAUUCACCAUUACUGCAGUGGCACAGCUGUGCGUUUUGGGCAUCAUGUGGAUCUUUGGUUGUUUCCAGUUUGAGGAAAGCACUGUAGCCAUGUCUUACCUGUUCACCAUUUUUGGCAGCCUUCAGGGUGUUAUGCUCUUUAUCAUGCACUGUCUGUUUUCCAAACAGGUGAGAGAAGAAUAUGAAAACAUCCUGGCCAGAUUCUGUGUGCCUCAGAAGAAGAGCUACAAAGAGUUCAAUUACUCCAGCAAAGCUCAAGCAUCCAAGAGCAGCCAGGACACAGGAGAGUCUCAUUUUUGAGAAGCUAAAACUUGACUUGAGACAAACUCUGAUUUGCUGGAGACUUUCAGUCAUUGGGACACAUUGACAUCGCACUUAUAGCGCAUCUGUUUGCUUUGUUGCAAAAUUUUGUAAAUAUUACCAUUCUUUACUAUGUGUGGGCCUUUUAUUUUAAGUCACUGAGUUAUCUAUUCAAAUCAUUGCAACUUACAAAAUCCUUACAAAAGAAGCAUUUUGUUAAGUUUUUCAAACAGGAAAUUAUGUAAGUAGUUUUAGAAGCAUAAAUCUACAAAUAUUAAAAAUUUCAUAUAUGAAAAAAUGUUUUCAGAUUAUCAUAAUUGUGUAUAAUAUAAUUAAUAAUUGACCUGUUGCAUCAGGUAAAUCUAAUAAUGCUAAUUCUUUAAUUCAGGUACUGUAUUUAAUGAGCAAUCUGAAACAUAUUUGCUGAAAAGCACCUUCUUCAACCACUUCCUCAAGCUUCUGAAAGACCCACAAUAAGAGGACAAUUAUGAGACCGAAACAUAUAUUUAAAUGUUUUAAAAGUUUGUGUCUAUAUUGCUGAGCAAUUUUCCUGUGUUUUCAUUCUUGACUGCAUCCAUUCUCUGGGUUUUAUCAUGAAGCUAUUUUAGAAGAUUGUAAAAAAAAUUUUUAAUGCAUUUACAGUUUGCAAUUACUUCUUUAUUUAUGUUUAUUGUUAAAAAAAAAAACAACUUUUUUUAAUUACGUUUUUUUUAUGUUCUCCUAAAAGUUUUAGGGUAAAUAAAUAUUCUGAUGUAUAUCAUCUUUAGUGAUUUUAAAAUGUAUCGCAUUUGAUAUAGAGAAUAAACUAGCAAUGAACACCA